GGCCCCCCCAGGCGCGCUGGGGCUGAGCCCGGCUGGCGCGGGGGCGCGCGGGGACCAUGCCCGGAGGCCGGACCGCAGCAUGGCUCACGGGCCCGGCGCGCUGAUGCUCAAGUGCGUGGUGGUGGGCGACGGGGCGGUGGGCAAGACGUGCCUGCUCAUGAGCUACGCCAACGACGCCUUCCCCGAGGAGUACGUGCCCACCGUCUUCGACCACUACGCCGUCAGCGUCACUGUGGGGGGCAAGCAGUACCUCCUGGGACUCUAUGACACGGCGGGACAGGAAGACUAUGAUCGUCUGAGGCCUUUAUCCUACCCGAUGACUGACGUCUUCCUCAUAUGCUUCUCCGUGGUCAAUCCAGCCUCAUUUCAGAACGUGAGAGAGGAGUGGGUACCGGAACUUAAGGAGUAUGCGCCGAACGUCCCCUUUUUAUUAAUAGGAACUCAGAUUGAUCUCCGAGAUGACCCCAAAACUUUAGCAAGACUGAAUGAUAUGAAAGAAAAACCAAUAUGUGUGGAACAAGGACAGAAACUAGCAAAAGAGAUAGGCGCAUGCUGCUAUGUGGAAUGUUCAGCUUUAACCCAGAAGGGACUGAAGACUGUUUUCGAUGAGGCUAUCAUAGCCAUCUUAACUCCAAAGAAACAUGCAGUUAAAAAAAGAAUAGGAUCAAGAUGUAUAAACUGUUGUUUGAUUACGUGAAAAACAUCUUCAGUGGCCAAGAAAACUGUCAAUUUCUCUCAGAAAGCAUAUGAAAUGCUACAGCGAUACCCAGACCUCUUGCAAUGAAGCAGUUUAAAACUUGAAAGAAAACAAAAAACCUGUCCUCAGCAUUCUGUAAAAUUCUUUAAGAAUGUCCCUUAAAGGUCUAACAAGCAGCAAACAGAAUCUGAAGCCACAAUCUAUUAUAAAUACUUUAUUUCAAUUAGAACAUACAAUCUCUCAGGGUUUUCAUAGUUUAAAAAGCUACAAUCACAUGUUGAAACUACAUUUAAAAAAAAAAAAAAAAACACAACAGUGCUGUAAAUGGAACUGCUUGGCUUUGACCAUCCACAUUUCUGCGCAGCCCUUACGGAAUCUGCACAAAGGAUUCUCUUCUCCCUUUGCUCCGGUUAAUUGUUCUUGUACGUAAGUUGCUUUCUAUUCCAGUAUAUCCAGAGAGGAGAAAUGACAAGGCCGGCCACAUAGCCAAAGGUCGCUCCAAGCGUGCAGGAGAUGGGCCACACCUGAGGAGAGGAUGUGUGAGGUCAAAGCGAGCCAACGCUUAGCGUUACCUGAGCACAAGUUCACUGUAACCUAGAUACUUCUAUAUUAAAGCUUAUGUGCUUUCUUAACGAAUGCCAAAAGCAUAAUCAGGUUGGAACUGCAUUUAUCAUCAACACUAAAAAUGUACACAUUUUAGUUACUGUGCAUUACACUGUAACAAGGCUUCUGACAAUUGUAGAUUUAGUUUGAUGCUCCCCAAACUGCACGAGACACAUGCUAAAAUUACAAAUUACAAUUUGGGGUCAGACUUAGCCAUAAUCAUGGACCCGAUUUAGCUCUCUGAAAUAGCUGGUAAAUUUUGUUAAAUGCCCACAUUGGCUGUGUAUAUCAAAUGUAAAGAGAUGUGUAUAUGCUGACCGAGAUGCAGAGAACGGUCGCGUACGUUACAGAGGCAAGACCUGGAAUCCAAGCGUGUUGCGCGAACUUGAAACAGCAGCUACUUCUGUAAUAAAACUGUUGUCACCUUUCAGAUACACAUACUGCAACCACAGCAAAAAUUACAGAAUCACAAUUCAUGUGCACACUCAGAAUGUAAGUUAACAGAAUACCACUGGCUCCCAAGUACUUAUUCUCUCCAGCUGUAUGGCAUUUCACAAUAUUCCAUUAAGCCAGAAAUGUUGAUUUAAUUUACAAGCAGUAUGUAUUUGUCCUGAGGUGAGGAGGAAAGGCUCUGCUUAAAAAAAAAAAAAAAAAAAAAAAAGGCAACAAACUUCUCAUGUCCACCUGUAAAGCUUUUGUGCUAUUCUGGAGCCAUUUCUAGUCAUCUUCUGAGGAACAGGCCCAGGACUGUGGUAGAGGAGAACCCUUUUACUAAGUGGUCCUGUUGCCCACCUUACCUUCUUGGCUGGUCUGCUACAGAUCUGCCAUGUUCCAAAUGCCACACCACACAGCAGUGUUAGACAAAGUGUGAACCACUGAUGCAGUUUAGAGAUGCAGAAUCUAAUCCGCAGUUUCCUGAGCCUUCCUUACAUUUCCACUUGCUUCGCCUAAACUGUGAUUUGUCUUUGGUAGGCUUCUGUUCAUCUGUAUGAUUUGUACUUGCAGCUCUACGUACUGCACAGAUUGGGUAAUGGAACACUAAACAUUUAUACUUGAAAAUGACCGCCUUAAAUGCUUCUAUCAGUCACAAAUCUAGGAUGUACUGUCUUUGUAUGUGAGCUUUGUAGAGAUUUUAAAAAAUACAAGCAUCAUCUUCCCCAUUGGAGAGUGGAGAGUCUACUGGAUACCUAGUCAGCAGCUUUCUCUCGGAACUGGACGUUGGAUCUCUUCCUUCUCAAGAAUGGUGGUUCACACUAUCAUGGCCUUAUGUAUGCUCAAAUGAAAUCUUCUGUAACUUUCUCAUUUAAUUUUGGUCUAUUUUUAGAUAGAAUUUAAGGAAUUGUAUAAAUCAAUUAACUAUUAUCUGAGCUGUCCAACACAUGGUAUAAAGGAAUUAAGACAGUAAAGUAUUACACAUUUCCUAGUUGCCUUUGGGAAUUUGAUGGCGAUUUUUUUUUUUUUUCCUAAUUUUACAUCUUUGAAACACUUCACACUUGGUCUGCUAGGUAAUGAGAACAAAGUCCACAAUUCGUCCUGCUCUAAGCGACGGAUUAGGAAUCUGGACACACAAGCUGUUGUCAGCUGCUUCCUCACUGGGCCUGUUUCCUCACCUUAAAAUUCGGGAGGGAGAAGAGAUGACCUCCAGUGUGUCCCAUUGCUCAGCUCCUAGCGUCUGCGUUCUCGUCCGCAGUCCUCACUGCUGGGCCCCAGCCACCUUCUCCACAUGGUAAGGAUCUGUACACAGACUUCCAGGACUCUAAGUGAAGAGGACUGCGUCAUCCGAACCUGAGGUGCCUUAGGUACUCUACUGACCUUGAUGGGGUUUGGAGUUUCCCAUUGCUUAGUCAGAGAUUUUUAAUUGCGUUAUUUAGAGCUUCUUUUGGCAAAAUCCUCCCGGUCACUUAAACUAAAAACCAAAGAGUUGUUUUCUAUUCAUAAGCAGAUUGUAGAAAAAUUGCCUUAUUUUCAGAGACAUUUUUUUUUCAUUAAAGGCUUAGGUUUUAAUAGAAAUUCAGAUGACUCUCUGGAAUGACUCUUUCAAACUAGCAAAAUGAGAGAUACACUUCAGAAUACUUUAUUGCCAUAAAUUUUGCUAGUGAAUGCAAAUAUAUUGCUUCUAAUAAGGUCGUAUAUGAAAGAAGCUAAAAGAUUUGUAGUUAAUCCAUUUUUACAUGCAGUGGAUUAGUUCUAAAGUUCUUAAAAAUAAUUUUAGGGACUUCCUGAAAUCUCAUGUAGUAGUUGGCUAAUUUACGUCCUUAUUUUAUCUCUGUAGGUACAUUUUAGGUUACCCAUGUUGAAUUUCCAGUAAGUACAGCUUGAAUUAAUGGUGUUUGUCAUGAAUUCUUAGUUACUUUAGAGACUGCUUCCGUUGGACUUUUAAUUAUUUUAAGUACCAAAUUAAAUAUUGGUUUGUUGGUUGUUACUAAAGUGAUUGUUACUUUAACAGUGUCCCUUCUUAACACAUGGGGUUACAAAUAAAAUGAUACGCAGUUUACUAUCUAUGUAAAGUACUGA